AUGUGUCAAAGACCCUCGAAAUGGGGGGUCACCUGGCGCGAAUGUAAUGGAGAAAACCAGUCUCCUAUCGACCUAAGCUCCUCCAAAUGCUGUAAGAAACAUUUCAGACUUAAAUUCAACAACCAUGGCGAGAAAUGCGAUGGAUACCUCAUCAACAAUGGACACGCCCCCACGUUUGUUGUCAGGAAGUGCAACAAAAGGAAAUUCAUCACGGGGAUCCCGUUUUACCCUCAGGUUGGGUAUCAGCUGGCUCAGUGGCAUUUCCACUUUGGUUCAAAACGAAAUUGGGGAACAGAACACGCCAUUAAUGGGAAAAGAUUUUCAGCCGAGCUUCACAUGGUUCAUUUCAAUACUAAGUAUGGAACUGUGACCAAAGCCAUUGAUAAAAAAGAUGGUAUAGCAGUCGUUGCUAUUCUUUUCGAGGAAAGUCGGAGGGCCCGACUCUCACCGAUUGAUCUAUUUUUCCGGAAGUACGGCUCCCAUGUGUAUCAUCCAGGACAUGCAGUCAAGGCUGUGUUUAAUCCUGUGGAAUGUAUUCCAAAGAAUAAUCGUAUGUUUUUCUACAAAGGAUCGUUAACGACGCCCGGAUGUUACGAGAGCGUUAAUUGGUUAGUUUUCAAACAACGCUUGGCUAUAUCGCCAAGAACGAUGACAUUUUUCCGGAAAUUGAAAACUUUUCAUCAUGAAGCGCCUAUUGCACAACUAACCAACCUUCGACCACUACAGACACUGGGAAAAAGGAAAGUGUAUUGUAGUAUCUGAACACU